GGACUGGGCAGCGGCAUGCCGUUGGGGAAAGAGGGUCCGUUUGUCCACAUCGCCAGUAUCUGUGCCGUGGUUCUCAGCAAAAUCAUGUCAAUCUUCUCAGGGGUGUACGAGCACCCUUACUGCUACACUGACAUUCUGACGGUGGGCUGUGCUGUGGGAGUGGGCUGCUGUUUCGGGACCCCCCUAGGAGGUGUCUUGUUCAGUAUCGAGGUCACGUCCACGUACUUUGCUGUCAGAAAUUACUGGCGGGGUUUCUUCGCUGCCACGUUUAGUGCCUUCAUAUUCCGGGUUCUGGCUGUCUGGAACAAAGAUGCAGUAACGAUCACUGCCCUUUUCCAAACAAACUUCCGAAUGGAUUUCCCCUUUGACCUCCAAGAAUUGCCUGCAUUUGCCAUCAUUGGGAUAUUGUGUGGGUUCCUCGGUGCCUUCUUUGUGUAUCUGAAUCGGCAGGUGGUUGUCUUCAUGCGAAGACAAACGGUGUUAACACGCUUCCUGACAAGAUAUCGGCUCAUCUACCCAGGGGUUGUGACCUUUGUCAUUGCAACCUUGACCUUUCCCCCUGGGUUCGGACAGUUCAUGGCUGGAGAGCUGAUGCCUCGUGAGUCGAUAAACUCCCUCUUCGAUAACCACACCUGGACGAAGCAUGAUGGCUCCACACACGUCCUGGGGCGAUCAGCAGUCUGGAUGCACCCCAAAAUCAGCGUCUUUGUCAUCCUGCUGCUUUUCUUUGUCAUGAAGUUUUGGAUGUCAGCCAUUUCCACCACCAUGCCUGUCCCUUGUGGAGCAUUUAUGCCUGUCUUCAUACUGGGAGCUGCGUUCGGUCGUCUUGUUGGUGAGAUCAUGGCCACUCUCUUUCCGAACGGGAUUCUCUUCGAUGGGAUUGUAUACCGGAUUCUCCCUGGGGGUUAUGCGGUCAUUG